GCUAUGGCUGUGUGGGGAUUUGCCUGCCUGGAGCACAACCAGGUCCCAGAGUUUCACUUGUAGAGUUGUCCAUGGACAAGAACAAACGCAGAUGCCACGAACUGAUAAGGAAGCGGUUGUGCUGAUCCCAGGCAAUGUCCCUGCCGAGCUCCCGAGGAGGGCACAGCGAGGGCUCGCCCACAGCUGGAGGUCCCCAAGCCCCACGAGCUCAGGCUGGAGAGGGUGAUCUUCCCCUGGUUUUUAUCACACCCUCGCAGCCUUUCUCAGCCGAGGGGGUAUCCAGGGCCCCUGCUGCAUCCCUCCUUCCGCAACCCUGCUCUGAGGGAGCGGAGCUGGGGCAGGAGGACACGGGCCGCCCUCCCUGCGGGCCCCCGGCCCCGCUGCCCGCCGAGCUAAUGGCGGCAGGAAGCCUGCCCGCCCCGGCCCUCCCCGUGACUCGCUUCCUCCAGCGGACGGGAACUGGGCGGAGUGAGCGGCCCCGCCAGCGGAGCCGUCCAGCCGUGCUCGGUGCCUGCAGAGCGCCGCGGCCGCCCCCACGGGUACGAGAGAGGGAGAGAGGGAGGGACGGACGCUGCCGAGCCCCGCCGCCGGGGCGUGCCAGCGCCGCACACCCCGCUCCUGCCAGGGCUCCGCCGCGCAGCAGCACCAACAUGCCGGCCGUCGACAAGCUCCUCCUGGAAGAGGCUCUGCAGGACAGCCCGCAGACUCGUUCUUUGCUCAGUGUCUUUGAAGAAGAUGCAGGAACCCUUACUGAAUACACAAACCAGUUGCUUCAGGCAAUGCAACGAGUCUAUGGUGCCCAGAAUGAAAUGUGUCUUGCCACACAACAGCUUUCAAAGCAGCUCCUUGCCUAUGAAAAGCAGCAUUUUGCCUUAGGUAAAGGAGAUGAAGAAGUGAUAUCCACCCUCCAUUAUUUUUCGAAAGUUGUGGAUGAGCUCAAUAUUCUUCAUUCUGAACUGGCAAAACAGCUUGCAGAUACAAUGGUUCUCCCAAUAAUACAAUUUCGAGAAAAGGAUCUCACAGAAGUAAGCACACUGAAGGAUCUCUUUGGCCUUGCUAGCAAUGAACAUGACGUGUCCAUGGCAAAGUAUAGCAGGUUACCGAAAAGGAAAGAAAAUGAAAAGCUUAAAGCAGAAGUGGCAAAAGAAGUGGCAAAUGCAAGAAGAAAGCAGCACCUUUCAUCCUUGCAGUAUUACUGUGCCCUGAAUGCUCUGCAGUACAGGAAGAGAGUGGCAAUGAUGGAACCUAUGCUAGGAUAUACACGAGGACAGAUCAACUUCUUUAAGAAAGGAGCAGAGAUGUUUUCCAAAAGAAUGGACAGCUUUUUGUCAUCUGUUUCAGACAUGGUUCAGAGCAUACAGGGAGAGCUGGAUGCCGAAGCUGAAAAAAUGAGAAUAUCCCAACAGGAUUUAAUUGCAGUUAAUGAAUCUGUUUACACCCCAGAUUCUGAUGUAACUUCACCUGCUAUCAAUAGAAAUCUCAUCCAGAAGGCUGGCUACCUUAAUCUUAGAAAUAAAACAGGUCUGGUGACCACAACUUGGGAAAGACUCUAUUUCUUCACUCAAGGUGGCAACUUGAUGUGUCAGCCCAGGGGAGCAGUAGCUGGAGGAUUGAUUCAGGACCUGGAUAACUGUUCUGUGAUGGCUGUGGACUGUGAAGACAGAAGAUACUGCUUUCAGAUCACUACUCCUACGGGCAAAGCGGGUAUAACCCUUCAAGCAGAAAGCAAGAAAGAAUACGAGGAGUGGAUAUGUGCCAUCAACAACAUCUCCAGACAGAUCUAUCUCACUGACAAUCCAGAGGCAGCUGCAAUCAAAUUAAAUCAGACAGCUCUGCAAGCAGUGACUCCCAUUACCAGCUUGGCAAAAAAACACGAAGUUCAGCACCCGAGCCAGACAGUAAAGAAUAUGGAAAAUGACAAAAUAACUCCCAGUGAAUCAGCUGGCAUUCAAGACUCUACACAACUCAUUGCUCCUGGAACACCAAUUCAAUUUGAUAUCGUACUGCCCGCCAUGGAAUUUCUGGACCAAAACAGAGGUGGCAGGCGUGCAAAUCCGUUUGGGGAAUCUGAAGACAGCAGCAAAGAUGAGGCGGAAGAUUCCCUGCUGCAGCAGAUGUUCGUGGUUCGGUUUUUGGGGUCCAUGGCUGUUCAGUCCGAUGAGACGUGCGAGGUGAUUUAUGAAGCCAUGAGACAAGUGUUGGCUGCCCGGGCCAUUCACAACAUCUUCCGUAUGACUGAGUCCCACCUCAUGGUCACCAGCAAGAACCUGAGGUUAAUAGAUCCUCAAACCCAAGUUACACGAGCAAGUUUUGAACUCACCACUGUGACACAGUUUGCUGCCCAUCAGGAGAACAGGAGACUGAUUGGCUUUGUGAUCCACCUCAGUGAGACUCUAGGAGAAGAAUCCAUGAGUGCAUACGUUUUUGAGAGCAACACAGAAGGGGAAAAGAUUUGCUAUGCCAUUAGCUUGGGAAAAGAAAUAAUUGAGGCACAGAAGGACCCAGAAGCAUUAGCUCAGCUAAUGAAGUCUGUGCCAUUAACAAGUGAUGGGAAGUUCAUGCUUCUGAAUGACAUGUCAGAAGAGGAUGGAACCAUGCAUGGAGGGGAGGAAUCAGAAGCAUAAGCUGCUCCUGUCACUUCCUGCAGCCUGUGUGGGAGCAGCAGAAGCAGAGAGUCGUCUUGCAGGAAUCUCUGGUUUCCAGUCACCUUUGCACACCCGAGGCCAGCUGCCCUUUCCUGCUGGAGAGCAGUGGUGUCUGUGCAGCAGAGCCCCUCUGCAUUCACAGUGGAAGCAAAGCAGGACUGUGCCCUCGAGGCUUUUUGCAUUUGUAGUGUGUAGGGUAGAGCUGGGCAGCUGACAAUCCUGAGCAAUGUUUGGGAGCCCGUGCUGCUGGUGGGCAGGAGAGCACAGCUGUCAGGCACUGAGAGUUAAUGGCAUUUCUUACAUUUACAGGGCCAGCAGCCUCUCAUUCCACUGAAAUUCAUGUGAGCUGCCAGCUCCUCUGACAAAUAUCAGGCCUCAAAUUUCCUACCAUAGUCAAUUUUCAUAGUUUGCAUGAUCAUGUGCAUCUGAAUGAAGGUUAAAAAUGCACUACUUCAGAUGAAGUUAUUUUUAGUCUAGUUUAUGUGUAACAAGAUUUACCUUUUGUGUUAGCCUAUUUACAAAACAAUUUGUUAAACACUAAAUUUUUCCUAUUAAUAUAAUCUAUUUUUAUAUUGCAUCUAGAAUAAGCUUACAGAGCAAAUCUAAGUGCCUACUCUUACUUUCCAGGGGACCGCACUCUCACAUUCUGUAAUUAAAUAAUGGACAAAAUGUACCUCCUUGAUUUAUUAUUCUAAAUACCACUGACAUGCAAACCUCAGAAGUAGGCAAUGAAUGUGGCAUGUUAGCUGUGUGCAGUUUUUCUAUGGUUAGGUUUCUUGCAAGAGAUGGUAAUAGUAGGACAAAUAAGUACUCUUAUGGUAAGAAUUUUUGUAUUUUUAACAUUGUGGUGACAUGCAACAGCUGAGUCUACCAGCAACCUUUGGUUUUAAGAAACUGAGCAAUAAAAUGUUAGAUUACAAGUCUA